AUGCUGGGUAGUGUAAUCCGGCAGGCAGUUUCGAGACAAGUCAUCAGAAAGUCUCCAAUCUCCACAACUUCUGUUGUAUCACAAACUAUCGAAACCAAGACAGAUGCUCCGAAAAAACCAACUAUCUGGAAGAUUGACGAGAAGAAGCGUGAGCGAUUAGCUAACUUUGGAAAGUAUGCUGCCGAGUGCUUGCCGAAAUUCGUGCAGAAAGUACAAUUCGCUGCAGGAGAUGAGCUGGAACUCUUGAUUCAUCCUUCUGGAGUCGUCCCAGUUCUUUCGUUCCUCAAGGGAAACCAUUCUGCCCAGUUCACCAACCUAACUUUCAUCACUGGAAUGGAUGUUCCAACCCGCAAGAACCGUCUUGAGGUCAUCUACGCUCUUUACUCGGUUCGAUUUAACGCGAGAGUUCGUGUUCGCACCUACACUGACGAAAUUGCCCCAAUCGAUUCUGUUACCCCAGUUUUCAAGGGAGCUGAUUGGUGA